AGGACCGCUCUGAUGGAAGGAAGAGCAGAUUCCAGGGCUUGGGUAAAGUAGAGUGAGGUGGCACUUCCCUCAGUUUCUCUAUAUUAAGGUCCCGGGGGCGGGGGGAACUGUCUUUGUGUGGGAGGGGCUUUCUGGGCUCCGCAUCCCUGCGGGAAUUGUUCCUCCACCCUCUCACCAUCUGCCAAGGGGAGGACCCCCAAGGGCAGGAGGUCGGGGACUCAGGAUAGUGUUGGCUUUCUGAAAAGAGUGGAGACACAGCCCUCGGCCCCUCGGGGGAUCUGACUCAAACCACGACCCCGCCUCGCUGACCCCGGUGCCAGGCGCUAAGACCCAGCGUGCGCGCCGGCCAGUUCCGGGCCCCUGAGCCCGCCAGCCUGCCCGGCAGCUGGGCCGGGACGCCUGCUCGCGGAGGGGAGAGACAGCGGCGCGGAGGGGGCUAUGGCUCGGGCGGCGUGGGGGCUGCUGUGGCUGCUGCUGGGCAGCGCCGGGGCGCAGUACGAGAAGUACAGCUUCCGGGGCUUCCCGCCCGAGGACCUGAUGCCCCUGGCCGCGGCCUACGGGCACGCGCUGGAGCAGUACGAGGGCGAGAGCUGGCGCGAGAGCGCGCGCUACCUCGAGGCCGCGCUGCGGCUGCACCGGCUGCUGCGGGACAGCGAGGCCUUCUGCCACGCCAACUGCAGCGGCCCCGCGCCGCCCGCCGCCGCGCCCCCCGGGCCCGCUACCCCCGGCCCCGACGGCGGCGGCGGCGACGAGUGGGCCCGCGAGCUGCGACUCUUCGGCCACGUCCUGGAGCGCGCCGCCUGCCUGCGGCGCUGCAAGCGUUCGCUGCCCGCCUUCCAGGUGCCCUACCCGCCGCGCCAGCUGCUGCGCGACUUCCAGAGCCGCCUGCCCUACCAGUACCUGCACUACGCGCAGUUCAAGGCGAACCGGCUGGAGAAAGCGGUGGCCGCGGCCUACACCUUCCUUCAGAGGAACCCGAAGCACGAGCUCACCGCCAAGUAUCUCAACUACUAUCGCGGUCUGCUGGACGCCGCCGACGAGCCCCUCACGGACUUGGAGGCCCAGCCCUAUGAGGCCGUGUUCCUCCGGGCUGUGAAGCUCUACAACAGCGGAGAUUUCCGUAGCAGCACGGAGGACAUGGAGCGGGCCCUGGCCGAGUACAUGGCCGUCUUUGCCCGGUGUCUGGCUGGCUGCGAGGGCGCCCACGAGCAGGUGGACUUCAAGGACUUCUAUCCAGCCAUAGCAGAUCUCUUUGCAGAAUCCCUGCAGUGCAAGGUGGACUGUGAGGCCAACUUGACCCCCAACGUGGGCGGCUACUUCGUGGAGAAGUUCGUGGCCACCAUGUAUCACUACCUGCAGUUUGCCUACUACAAGUUGAACGACGUGCGCCAUGCUGCCCGCAGUGCCGCCAGCUACAUGCUCUUUGACCCCGAAGACAAUGUCAUGCAGCAAAACCUGGUGUACUAUCGCUUCCACAGGGCUCGCUGGGGCCUGGAGGAGGAGGACUUCCAGCCCAGGGAGGAGGCCAUGCUCUACCACAACCAGACAGCUGAGCUUCGGGAGCUGCUGGAGUUUGCGCACAUGUACCUGCAGUCAGAUGACGAGAUGGAGCUGAAGGAGACAGAACCGCCCACGGAGCCUGAGGAGCCCCCGUCUGAUGCUGAGUUUGAAGGGGAGGGCGACUACGAGGAGAGCAUCUAUGCUGACUGGUGGCAGGAGCCAGACGCCAAGGGUGACGAGGCUGAGGCCGAGCCGGAGCCUGAACUAGCAUAAGAAGAGGGCCCCUGGCACCCCUCAAGAGCUUAGGAAUCCCGGGCCCAGUGGCACCACCCCCACCAGCCUGGGCGGCAACAACAACUAUUUAUUAAACAUGUAAAUGGACAUAGCUGACCAGGCCCCAUCCUGUCCCAACUGUGAGCCCUGCUCCCCAGACCCCUCUUGCCUCGUCUCUGGGUCUCUGGACUAUCGGAUGAUGGUGCUGCAGCUGCUGACGGCCUGCCCUCCUCCCAGUGUCCUCCCCACCCAGUGGGGCAGUCUCCUGGAGGAGAAGAUGCUAGCUCUUCCUAGUUGGGGACUCAGCCUGAAUUGCAGACACAGCAGAGGGGCAGCUGGCAUCACGAAGAGCACUGGACCAGGAGUCCAGCUGUUCCUUGCACACUGGCAAUUGGUGCUCAAUAAACAUUUCUUGUUGAAUGAAUCA